AUGGGUGUGGAGAAGAAGAAGAAGAGGCAAAAAAAAGUCCACUCACAGCAUUUUCUCGCAAUUUUUCCUUCCUCAACGCCACAAAUCAAUGACAUUUUGGUUGUGAAUAAGAACUAUUCGGCCGAAGGUGAAGGAUUCAUCUCACUGAAACGAGGUGAUCUUGUUGAGAUAAUUCGCACAAGUGAGAAUGAUGAGACAUCCAGCAAGCGACAGAGAUUGGAUCCAGAAUUGGAUGUGGGUCAGAGCGGGGAGCUGCUCGAUAGCUCGGCGGCCAAGCACAAAUUGUCGGUGAAGCCAAAGAAGAAUCACACGAGCAGCCAUCAGAGGAGUGCUAGUCCUCAGCCGCAGCGUCCUGAACCCAAACCCGAUGAAAAAUGGUUCGUGAGAAUCUUCGAUGGCAGUGAACAUCCGCGCGAAGGUUGGAUACCUGCCUCAAUCCUCGACCUACAGAACACGGAUGUGGCAAUCUACGGGGACAAAUCCGACGACGCGACCUACAGAAGAGAAGCCGUUGUGCGCGAGCUUGUGGAGACUGAAGAGGAGUUUGGCAAGGAUCUGCAAGCUGUCGUCAAUCGCUACAUGAAGAUCAUCGACAAUCCGUCAACGCCGCGCAUCAUACGCGACAAUAAAGACGUCAUCUUUGGAAAUUUCAAGCAAAUCGCCGACUUCCACAACACCGUCCUCAUCGAGGGUGUGAAGUACUAUGCCAACCAGCCGAAGAUGAUUGGCAAGACGUUCCUGCGACUCGAGCGAGACUUCGACAAGCACGCCGCGUAUUGUCGCGACGAGCCGGCGGCGCAGGAGUUUCUCGCCAGCAACAACACGGCGCGGGACUUCUUCGAGGAAUUAUCACAGAAAUUGGGUGACGACAAGACCCUCGCGGAGCAUCUGCAGUUGCCAAUUCAACGAAUCAACGACUACCAACUACUCCUGAAGCGCACGCCUCGCGGCGUGAGAAAAAAGAAAGAAAAUGAAGGCAGACACACAACGGAAAAUAAGGGGGGAAAAAUUCUGCAAUACGCUGAUGAUGAGAAAAAGAUCUAA